AAUAAUCGGAACAAUAAUAAAAAUAAUCAGAACAAUAAUAACAAUAAUAACAAUAAUCGCAACAAUAAUAACAAUAAUCGAAAUAAUAAUAACAACAACAACAACCAAAAUCAGCAACAAAGUCAGAAAGAGCAAGAAAUGCAACAACAAGAUUACCAAAAAGAACAAGAACAGCAACAACAAGACCAACAGAAGGAACAGGAUCAACAGGACCAAGAUUAUCAAAAAGAACAGGAACAACAGCAGCAGGAUUAUCAAAAAGAACAAGAACAGCAGCAGCAGGAUUAUCAGAAAGAACAAGACGAACAAGACUAUAAUGCAAGGUACGAACAGCAAGAACAAGAUUACCAAAAAGAACAAGAACAACAACAACAAGAUUACCAAAAAGAACAGGAACAGCAACAGCAAGAUUAUCAAAAAGAGGAACAGCAGCAGGAACAAGACCAGCAAAAAGAACAAGAGCAACAACAACAAGAUCAGCAAAAAGAACAAGAACAGCAACAGCGAGACCAGAACCAGAAACUAAAUAUGUAUGGUCUGAGCGGAAGAUACAUAAGCAGAUUUCUCAUUCGUCAAAAGCGACAGCAGGAUGAUCAGCAGGAUGGGGGCCAACAAGACCAAGAUCAACAAAAUGAGCAAGAACAACAACAACAAAAUUACCAAAAAGAACAAGAACAGCAACAACAGAAUUAUCAAAAAGAACAAGAACAGCAACAACAAGAGCAAGAACAGCAGCAACAAAACUACCAAAAGGAACAAGAACAGCAGCAACAAGAACAAGAACAACAGAGGAAUUAUUAUGGUCGAGGUAGAAGAGGGAUAAGAAACCAACAGGUAAAUAUGUAUGGUCGCGACAGAAGAGACGUCCAGAGAAUUCUCAUUCGUCAAAAGCGACAGCAGGAUGAUCAGCAGGAUGGGGGCCAACAAGACCAAGAUCAACAAAAUGAGCAAGAACAACAACAACAAAAUUACCAAAAAGAACAAGAACAGCAACAACAGAAUUAUCAAAAAGAACAAGAACAGCAACAACAAGAGCAAGAACAGCAGCAACAAAACUACCAAAAGGAACAAGAACAGCAGCAACAAGAACAAGAACAACAGAGGAAUUAUAAUGGUCGAGGUAGAAGAGGGAUAAGAAACCAACAGGUAAAUAUGUAUGGUCGCGACAGACUAGACGUCCAGAGAAUUCUCAUUCGUCAAAAGCGACAGCAGGAUGAUCAGCAGGAUGGGGGCCAACAAGACCAAGAUCAACAAAAUGAGCAAGAACAACAACAACAAAAUUACCAAAAAGAACAAGAACAGCAACAACAGAAUUACCAAAAAGAACAAGAACAGCAGCAACAAGAUCAAGAACAGCAACAACAAAAUUACCAAAAAGAACAAGAACAACAGCAACAGGAUCAAGAACAACAAGGGAAUUAUUAUGGUCGAGGUAAAAGAGACACGAGGAACCUAUUAGUCCGCCGAAAAAGACAGGUAUAUGACGAAAACCAGAAACAUGAACUACAAUACUUCGGAGGUAGAUUGGAUGGAGGAGAAGAUGACAAUAAUAAACCCGUUCGUAAUAAACGACAGGCAUAUUAUACUUACGCCUUAGUUGAUAACAACUAUCAAAAUCUUGCCAGCUCAGAUGUUGCGGCUGCUGGUUAUUUGGUAUAUGGAGAUUUUGGUUUCGGGUAUGUACCUAUAGGAUAUUAUUUGUAUCCACUUAACGGAUAUGACCUUUAUGGGUAUGGUUAUGAUGGUGCUGCUGAUGGAGGAAUUUAUGACUAUUAUGGCGAAUAUCCAAUGUAUCAGGACUACGGAGAUGCAAUAUAUUCCAACAAUGACUAUAAUCUUGGAGAUUUUUACAAAAUGUUUUACCAGAUAAUUAAACUCAUGUUUUCAACCGAGCCUACAUAUAACCAAUCGCCCCCGCCGAUCUACAAUCCCAUGUUUGGACAACCGACGGAUGGUAUAUACGAUCCGUCUGUCUUUGAUUACGGUUUUCAGCAACCAACUAACGACGGGUCCACCUUCAACCAACAAGUCAAUCAAGGUUACAACCAACCAGUUGAUCUAGGAUAUGUCUUCAACCAGCCAUUUACGCAGCAAACCAAUAGAGGAUAUGGCUUCAACCAACCUGCUACACAGGGAACGUACCAAGGAUACGGCGUCAAUCAACCUGCAAGUCAAACAUACAACAAUCAACAGCAAAGCACUCCAAGAUUCGGCUACAACCAACCUACUGUUCAAGGAUAUAACGUCCAACAGCAAGCAAACCAAGGAUAUCGUUCCUCGCAACCUUCUAUGCAAGGCUACAACUACCAACAACAAACUACCCAGGGAUACGACUUCAACCAACAGGCUAACCAGGGGUAUAAUUUCAACCAGCCGGCUAGUCAGGGCAAUACCUUCCAGCAGCAAAGUAAUCAAAGAUACUUUUCAAACCAGAUGAAUUACCCUAAUUAUGGAUACUACGGCUUGGCUAGACUAAUGGAUCCUGGUCCAAUGGAUUUCGGUGCAGCACUAGAUCUAGGUCCCGAAUACGGCCACCCACAUGAUCUUGGUCCGGGUUACGAUCUUGGUCCGGGUUUCGAUCUUGGUCCGGGUUUCGAUCUUGGUCCAGGUUUUAAUCUUGGUCCGGGUUUCGAUCUUGGCCCGGGAUACGGCGCCCCCUUAGACCUCGGCCCAGGAUAUGGUGCCCCAUUAGAUCCCGGCCCAGGAUACGGUGCGCCACUUGACCUUGGCCCAGGAUACGGUCCUCCAUUAGACCCUGGCCCAGGAUAUGGAGCUCCGCUUGACCUCGGUCCAGGAUACGGUGCACCAUUAGACCUUGGUCCAGGAUACGGUGCGCCAUUAGACCUUGGCCCAGAAUACGGUGCUCCAUUAGACCUUGGUCCAGGAGACGGUGCUCCACUGGAACGUCGACAUGGACACGGUGCUCAUUUAGACCGAGGACCAGGACGUGAUUCCCCGCUUCGUCUUGGUCAUGGAGCUGGUGCACCGUUAGAACGUGGACCAGGCUUGGGUGGUCCACCAUAAUAUACAAUAAAACCACCACUCUUACUGCGUCUAUUGAUUUUGUUCGAGCCUAACCUCGAUAUCUGAUAAUACUCUUAGUUUGAGAUGGUGACACAAGAAAUAUUCAUAGAUAUAAUUUCUUUGACUUUUUGAUGUGUUUCGUUUGCAUAUACAUGCUUAAGUGUUUUAGUUCACACCCUGAGGACCUGAUGAAUAUAUAAAAUGAAUCGUUAACAUGUGCUGUUAGCUCUUAAAUAUCGGCUAAUCAGGAGAACCUCCACAAUAUAUGAGAAGAAUAAAAAACUCUAUCGAAGAUAGUAGCUUCUAAUUAAAAGUCAUGGUUAGCAGAGAGUGAAGAGCUGUAAUGUUUUCCUUUGGUUAAAAUAUUAAAUAUUUUAGUAAUGUUAUAAUUACGUUAAAUUUAGAUUUAAAUGUUUGAUUGUACAUAUUGAUUCCUUGGAACACAAUGAUUUAAUUAUUUAAAACUCGCUAUUAUUGCUCAACUUUAUUAUAUAGUCUUUAGAACAGUUUUAUUUCAAUCGUUAUACUAGCGUUUUUAUGAAGUCUUUAUACCGGCUUUAUUAUGAAGUCUUUAGACCAGCUGCUUUAUUAUGAAGUCUUUAGACCAGCUGCUUUAUUAUGGAGUCUUAAGACCAGCUUUUUUAAUGAAAUCUUUAGACCAGCUGCUUUAUUAUGAAAUCUUUAGACCAGCUGCUUUAUUAUGGAGUCUUUAGACCAGCUUUAUUUUAAUCUUAAGACCAGCUUUAUUAUGAAGUCUUUAGACCAGCUUUAUUUUAAUCUUAAGACCAGCUUUAUUAUGAAGUCUUUAGACCUGCUUUAUUUUAAUCUUAAGACUCACUUUAUUAUGAAGUACUUAGACUAACUUUAUUUUAAUCUUUAGAUCAACUUUAUUAUGAAGUCGUUUUAUUUGCAACUGCGUAGGUUUUCUUUAAGAGGAACACAACGGGUGACAUGAUCAUAUAGGUUUAGAUACACCUACACAACCACGGUGUUAGAAUAAGUAGAGCCUUUGACACGUGUUCUAUUUUCCAAAAUAACAACCAAGAAAUUAUUUGAGAUCGACUGACAAUUUGAUUAAAAUACAGGACCCUGUUUCACAAAAACUUAAACUAAAAUCACUUAAAUUGAUUUUAACUAAAAUCAAACUGAAAUUUUAAAUUUUAUGCGUUUCACGAAGAUCGAUUGUAACUUAAAAUGCAAUUUUAAUAGAUUUUAGUUAAAAUUGCUUGCGCUCGCGCAGUGCACAAUUCCGGCGAGGGCACUUAGGGUGUAAGCAUACACGCUUCGGAACUGAAAAUUAUUGCCAGGUUGAACUAACCGCUACAAUACCAAUGAGGGGAGUUUCAUACGUUGUAACAAUGUCUGCACACGGUCAGGCAGUCGUAGAGAGAAGAAAUAAAUAAGUUUAUUGCGUGUUAUCCGUUUUGAAAUGUAUCAGUUGGUUGGCCUUGAACUUGCAUGUCGCUUUCGUGACCUUGGCAUUUGAUUUACUCGCAGUUUCAAUGGAAAUAAUGCGUAUCGAUAAACUAAAUCGCUUGAAUUUCGUAGUUUUAUGGUAUUUUGAAUAACAGAAACUAUUGAGAAAUUGCCAUAAACAUGUGAUAUUUCUGACUCAAACGCUUAAUCUAGACUAAGGUAUUGUCGAAUUUCAAAAGUAUUUAAUAACUUUUAAACUAAUACACGAAAUAACCAAUGUACCGAUGCCUAGAUUUGAAAUGUCAGUCCCAUGGACCCUUUCAAUAAUAAUUUGAAAAUGCCAAAGUGCCACACUCCUUAUUGGAUAAUGCCUAUCUAUCUUACGAAAUUAAAAUGAUUUUUUCCCAAUAUAAAAUACCCUUGGCUCCUAUAUAAAUCAUCAUAACCCCAAAACCAUAAAUACUUUGCAUAUGGCGUAUCUAGUAUUAUAGGACUGACGGGGUUUCGAUUUCCCGCUUGUACGUGACAGGGACUAGGGUCGCCCGUCCAACCACGUGAGUUUUCUCCGGUUUCCUCCCACUACUAAAGACCCUUAUAUACGCCCAAGCGAAUUAUUCAAAUAAAAUUGAACCAUGUGUUAGUCCUGAAAUGACCUAGUUUGUGUCUAGUGGACGUUACCCCCCCCACCUCUCUCUCUCUCUCUCUCUCUCUCUCUCUCUCUCUAUAUAUAUAUAUAUAUAUAGACAUUAGAUAUGAAAUGGGUUUAGAUUUUGUUUUUAGGUUGGUUUUUUUUUUUGCCUUUUAAUUAUUUGAAAAUAGUAUAAUUUAUACUUGAAUCAUAUGGUAAUAUAUAAAAUAGUAACAAAGAGUUUUGUUAACUGGGGUUUUGAGGGUUUUUUUUUUCUUGGGGUUUUAAUUUGGGGCGUCAUCUAAUUGCUUAUAUUGCCUUACAAUCAGACAAACGGGCGGACCGCAGCUAUAUUUCCCAUGCAAUGAAAAGAAAUUGAAUGAAAAUUAUUUUUGUGAAUUAUAGUAUGUUUAAAUUAUAUAACCCGGGCCAUUGGCAAUAUUAUCAUUAUUCCAAAUAUAUCUAUAUGUCGCAAUAGACCUCACAACGUAGCUCUAAUCAAUGUCGUGAUUUUAAGUUAGGAGAGGUUGACGGCUGUUCUAAGUUAAAAUUGAUUUUAGUUAAAAUUGUCCCUAAUAUAGUUUUGUGAAACGCCACUAUUUUAAGUUGAGAUACAAUUUUAACUUACAAUAUUAUUUUAGUGGAUUUUAUCUAAAAUGCCUAAAAUCGUUUUGUGAAACGCACCGAUCUUAAGUUAGGAUGAAAUUUUAGUUUAAGACGAUUUUAAGGGGAUUUAAGUUUUUGUGAAACAGGGCCCUGAUCUAUAAUUCCUUUCGUUUUUUUAUACUUUCCAUGGCCUACACUACAUGGAGACCUAACCGGUUAUAGCGGAAGGUCGCGUCAGAAGUCAUACUAGUGGCUUUUGACCCUUUGACGUCAGACUGUUGAUUAACCAAUCGGCGUUGAUGUUUCUAGUGGGUUACCCACGGUUCCAUGCACCUCUCGCCAAAAACUCGCCGUAACCGACUGUUUCAUUGGCUAAUCUUUCUCAUCGUCCAGAACACGGGUUAUAUAACAAGCCUUCCAGAUCUGUGUUUUAAUCAGAUUGGGCCGACUGAUAGAGUAUGGUAGUCAAUAUAUUGUCAGGUCAAAUAUAUAUAUAUAUAUAUUCCUAGAAUGUAAGGUGCUCUAAAUACCAAACGUAGAUAGCUCUGUGGAAGGAAACAUAUCUGAAUGCAAUCUUGUCCAGGUAUAUGCAAACUGUAGGUCGCAAGUCCGCAACCCAGACAGCGAGGUGUGUGUGUGUGGGGGGGGGGGGGGUAUUUUGAACGAUUUUAAUGCAUUGAAAAUCAUUGAGGGUCACGAGCCGCCGCACCCCGCUUUGGGUGUUCAGCAAAUCAGACGAUAAUCGGAUUGUCAGUCUUUGUUAUCGAAAUAGGCGUUGUUUUGUUUGUAUAUUUUGAUAUGUAUUUAUGCCAUGAUCUUUUAACAGUAAUUUUGUAUACUAAAUAAUCAAAUAAACAAAUUUGUGGACCAGCAAAUGAGCCCCAAACUCUAUUCAUCCUGCUUUUUGUUCUUCUUCUUCUUGGGGGCAGUGCUCUUCGGAUACAAAAAAAAAGCUUAGGCUACAUGAAUUCAGGUACGAUUGACAUAAAUUGGCAUGCCCGUGCCUUGGACAAUUGCGCUACUCCUGGUCCGUAGUACCUGUUAUAUCAAUAUCUGUUUAUUUAUUUAUAACUUUACGAUGGUUUAGCUAGUUAUGUGUUUAAGAUGAAAUGUAUAUUGUAUAUGCUAUAUAAAACCCAUAUAUCUUUCUUCAUAAUGUAAAUAAAUAAUGUUCAUACUG